CGAGUUGUCAUGUUGGCACUCAGUCAUCUUUUCCCUGGGCUGCACCAAGUACUUGUGCCCUCUUGAGCGCCGCCCUUCGGCGGUGAACGCAGGGACCUAUUCCACACCUUUCAGCUCCCAUGGCCAAGGGCGAUGCCUCUGGACAGCGUUGGACCUGUACGAAGUGCGGAUGCAAGCGAAACCUGGGCCACUGGUGGAGAUGCAAACACUGCCGUUCGCCGUAUUCCACCUCAGGGGCUCCAGAGGAAAGUGACGACGCUGGGGCGGGCUGGAACGAAGGUUGGUGGGGCUGGGAGUCCUACGGUACGAGCAACACGGCUGACUCCUCGGUUCCGAUGGGUCUUCCUGCUUGUCCUGGGCCUCAAUGUCAUGCCCCUGGCACGUUCGCCCCAUCGACCAUCCAGCCCGACGCCAAGCUCGAGGAUAUCCAGGCCACCAUCGACACGCUCACCAAGGUUGGGGAUCGCGUUGGGGCAGCAUCCUACAGCAAGAUCCUCGAGCAGCGGAAGGCGAACCCCGCCUCAGUGGGUAAACAACUUCAUCUCCAGCAGCGCGUCUACACAGCUUUCCAGUCAGCACGCACCUUGGAGGGCAAACUGGAGAAGGCAGUGGCGCACUUUCAACGAUUGGAGACUCAGCUGGCUGAACAAAAGGACUGGGUCUCGAAGGUCAACGAUGAAUUGGUGGCCGCGGAGACGGAGCACCCAGUUGGUCCGUGCACUGCAUGCCAAACUUGUGGGCCGCCCAAUCCUACCCCGCCAGCUCCUGGCGCGAAUGUGGCCACCAUCCCGAUCGACGGCAUUUUGGAAGGCAAGUCGGAUCUACUUAUUUCAAUGGGAAGCUUCGGCCAGCUCGACGUCGGCAUCUACGAGUUGGACCAGCCUACACGCGACGAAGCAAUGCAGAGGAUGGAUAAGUUGCAUGCAGAUAUCAAGGCGGCCAUCGGAGUGCUCCUCGGGGACGCACCGGAAAAUAUCAAGGCGGCGAAGGAGGAACACCAAGCCCUUCUCGGCCGUCUACAGAAGAAGAAGCGGAAGGUCGAUGGAGCGGACGCCGAUGCAGAUCCUGCUGCAACAGCUGUUCCUCCAGCGCCGGCCGUGCCUGAGGGCGCGGCGCCCCCUUCUGAGCCAGUGCAGCCUGUGCCGGGCGCCCCUGCCUCUGGUUCCUCCUCAGGUGGCCCUGCGCCUUCCUCAGCGGAGGAGUCGACGCGUCGGGCCGCCCGCGUGGCAGCGGCCACUAUUUGGAAGCAAGGGGAACCCGCCCCCAGGAGGCGCAACCGCAGCUUGAGGGGGGGUCUUCUCCACGCCGAACUUUAGUAGUCUAGACGGGCUUAGCCAGCCCGCCAUUUCCCGAUUUUGGUCCAGGCUCACCCAGGUGAAACUGCGCGCUCGGCGGGUCCUUAACUUUUUGCCCC